AUGGCUCCAGCCCUGCAAACAACCGACCCCACCACCCAUCAAUUCGCCCAGUCGCAUCCGAACCCUCACGUUGUGCCAAUCUACGACGGCAUGUAUGGAAACCAUGCGACUGUGGUCGAUGGGGAUGAUACAGAUGCCGGAGGCGACCCGUCCGCCGUCAUGCGCAAGCUCAUGAAGGGCAAGGACAAGGAAUGGGACGCUGUCGCAUCCACCAAGUCGUCAGGCAAGCAGCUCACUCUUCUCGAGCUACCGAUUACUCACACGAAUGACCUUACCUCCCUCGCCCUGACGAACUCGAACCUUCACAACCUCGCGAUCCCGCAUAUCUACUCCAGAUUCGAUAUCGUAUGGCCUGACGCCACCCAGAUGAACACGUCCGACAGUAAAAGCGUCGAUGCCCUGACUUAUGGCCUCUCCACGAUUUGCCUCGGCAGCUCCUUCGCCCAUCGAACGCGCAAGAUGCUCCAUCCCACGUAUAACAUGGCGAACCCCCUCCCGUUCAAGCGGAGGCCGAAGAACGAUUAUGCCAAGUACACUAGAAAGUUUUCGCUGGGUAACGGCCCUACCGAUUGGGUGGCAGAAUACAUGAUCUCAAAGGAAAGCGGCAAGAUGUUGGGCACCCUUGUGGCUCUGGCCGUCGAGAAGAUGAUCAACUUGGAAACUUUCGUAUGGGAUAUGCCUACUGGGGUUCUGUCUGACAUUUUUAUGGCACUAGCGUCUGUUCCGGAACACAGCCCAGACGGAGAGUCGAAGCUGGAAAAGGUCUGGGUCAGGUGGCAUGACAACUACGAGGGCACAACUUCGUCAUCGUCUUCGAGCCCACCUCCGCAGCACCCGGCAGUCUCCGGCGGUAGUAACAUGACCGCCAUCGGCUACUUGAUCCCCUCCGGCGCAGCUCAUCCUGCGGCGCGGCCGGCGUUGCCGUACGCCGAGACCCGGGUUGAGUUUCCUACCUUCUGCGUUCUGCCCCCACUCAAGAGUCUCACGGUCUUGGAUAUCGACGAGCUCGCCUACUUAGACGAGAUGGCAAUCGUGAUCGAAAGAUCGAAAGACCGUCUCCAGGAACUGCGCGUUGGAAUCUCGCCGAAAGCCGUUCACAAGGACUUCGUUCAGCCCUGGGACGGACCUGGCUUGUACCAGAUUGACAGGGAUGCCCGUUGGCCCGGCGAGAGUUCUAUAGGAGACAGACGACUGGGCGGUGUCUUGGGAGUGGAGAAAACGCCGCUGUCUUCUGCCCCUACGAUGCAACCGAUCGAUCACUCAGUUGCGGAUGUUGACGACACGGAGACGUUAUCUGCUUCGGAACCCAUCGAGCAUACCGAGGCGGAUCACGAUCAGGAGGGUCCUGCAGACGACGCGACUGAGGUUGGUUCGGAGCACCAGCCUAUGGACAACUCUACAGAAACCGCAGCGACAGGCGUGGAGCAAAGCCACGAACCCUCGGCUACAGAGCCUCGAUUCGAGCAACAGCACUCAGCUGCCACUGACAAGACCGCGGAGCCAACAUGCACCUCCCCUCGGAAGAGGCUGGAUGGCAAACUGAAGUUGCGCACUCUUGAACUAGAGCGAGUGAAUCUCUCAAUCCAGGUCUGCAUUCAAGCGUUUGACUGGACAGUCUUAACGAACAUUACCAUUCUGGAUUGCUAUCAAAGCGAGCAUCUUUGGAAGGGUCUGAGGCGGCAAUUUGCACCAACCCCGACUUCAAGACCUGGAUCUCAUUCAACCGCCUCACACAAGCAGCCAAUGGAGUACCAUCUUUGCCUAAAGAGCAUCCAUACCAACACGGUCUCGAACGCUCUCAUCAGCUUUCUUAGGGACACCCUUGCGCCUAAUAGCUUAGAGGUGCUCUUUUUACAAGAUCGUCGCCGACUGGGUUCCCAGCCAGUCCUUAUUGAGCAAGUCUUCAAGGGGGUGAUCAAGAAGCAUCGAUCGAGCCUGCAAAAGGUGCUUCUGGACAGCACAGACCGUCAGCAUGGCAAUGCAGCAACUGAUAGCGCUCGUUGGCGCAAUUGGUUGCUAACCACGGACAUGCUGCUGUACAUAACGAGCGGUCGCAUGUCAAGUCUGAGAGAGCUCGCCAUCUCCCUUCACUACAGAGACUGGCACACAUUCCUUCAACGUCUACCCAAUAUCCCGCAUCUGCGCUCGCUCAACCUGCAACACGUUGCGGAACACAUUGUUGGCACAUUUGAGCCGCGAGAGUUGGCGUUACAAAUGGUGGACAUCAUAACCUUGCGUCCCGAGAUACAGCUUUGCUAUGUGGGCAUUGCCACAAAAUGCUUCGAGAUUCUAGAGAGCAAACCGGCGGAAGAGAGCAACAUCUCGAUUGCCAGCGUCACAGUUGACCAUACCAUCUUGGCGCACGAUUCAGGAGUCGAUGACGAAGAUGACGAAGAUGACAACGUCGGUACAGAUGAAGAAACAGCGAGCCAGGAAGAUGAGGAGACCUCUGAAGAGGAGGACGAUGAUGAUGAUGAUACCCCAGCAAGUGCAGUAGACGCGGAUGACACGCAGUCGGAGGCAUCUGCCGCGCAGGACUCGGACGAUGAAUCUCUGCGUGACGCAGACCAUGGCCCCUCGCGACCACGCCUCCGGCUCCGCGAAAUUCUGUUUUACGACGACAAGGUGGCAAUUUUCAAGGCGCGGCACGGGAGAUUGUGA